UCCUCCAUCACCAUUUGGUACACUGCUGCCACUGCCAAGGAUGAAGGCAGAUUGCAGCAUGUCAUCUGGUCUGCUAAGAAGGUGAUCGGCUGUAACAUGCCUACUCUCCAGGACCUGUACACCUCCAAGACCCUGAGGUGUGACUAUGGGGAAGUCGAUUUCCCACCUCACUAAGCAGACAGGCCAUGAUGAGGGUCAGGACAGCCUCACCUCUCCUUUAGAGGACACCCAGACUGAGGACAGCAAAGAUGGAGACGUCUCCCAGUUCCCUUAUGUGGAGUUCACAGGACGGGACAGUGUGACAUGUCCCACGUGUCAAGGCACUGGGAGGAUCCCCAGAGGACAGGAAAAUCAACUUGUGGCAUUGAUUCCAUAUAGUGACCAGAGGCUGCGGCCCAGGAGGACGAAGUUGUAUGUAACAGCGUCAGUGGUCGUUUGCCUGUUACUGUCCAGUCUAGCUGUCUUCUUUCUCUUCCCUCGCUCCAUCGACGUCUCCUAUGUCGGGGUAAAAUCUGUUUUCGUCAGCUACGACCAAGACAAGCGCAGCGUCUAUCUCAACAUCACAAACACUCUCAACAUUACCAACAACAACUACUACUCUGUGGAGGUAGCCAACAUCACAGCCCAGGUGCAGUUUGCCAAGACAGUUAUUGGUAAAUCUCGCAUCAGUAACAUGACUGCCAUCAGUCCUCUGGACAUGAAACAGAUUGAUUAUAUGGUUCCCACCAUCAUUGCAGAUGAGAUGAGCUACAUGUAUGACUACUGCACUCUGCAAACCAUCAAGGUUCACAACAUUGUCGUCAUGAUGCAAGUGACUGUGACCACUACAUAUUUUGGACAUGUGGAGCAGGUGUCUCAGGAGAUGUACCAAUAUGUGGACUGUGGAGGGAACACCACCUCUAUCAGAGGGAUGACCAAGCCAUUCAGCAUCCCACACCCUGCUGAGUAACCCCACCUUUGUCCUCCUCACUGGUCCUGACAUGGGCCCGUUUCUCCUCUACUUGCACUGUCUAACAAGCUGCUGUUGUCAUGAUGCCAUGGUGUUUACUUCACUACCAAUACAAAUGUCCUGAGAAAUGUUUGCAGAACAAAAGUCUUUUUGUGUCUGAAGUUCACUGCAUUCAACAAAGAAAACAGGAUGUUAACUUGUAAUUCUGACUUUUCAUGUCAGAAUGAGAUGUGAGAUGCUUCACUGUUACCAAAUCUGUUAUCUGAUUAUCACAAGGUACAGAUCUCAGAUGUGAUCCAUAUCUCAGAGGGAAACUCUCUCAUGAUUAUGAAUCUGUAUCCUGUCUUUACAAAAGUCUUAUAAUCUGACAUCUGUUUCUUAACUACAAGAAACUACAAAAUCUUUAUCUCACAAUUAUAAGACAAUGUCCUCAGAAUUACAAGAAAACUAUCUUCUUGUUAUAAUUCAUGUGUCAUAGCUACAAGAUCCCAUAAUCACAAAAAAUUAUAACUUAUGCAUAAGUACAAGAUCUGUAUCUCUGAAAUUACAAGAAAACAGUUUUUUAGUUCUGUGAUCCAUCUCAUGAAAUAUCAAGAAAGCACCUUCAUUAUUAUAAUGUCAGUAUUUCAUAAUGAUAAUUGUAAAAGAUCUCAUGUUUGGACAUCCAUUUUCUUUUAGUUAUCUCAUAUUUUUAUAUCUCUUAAUUUUGAGAUCUGGAUCUUUUUAAUUAUGAGAUGUUAAUGUGUUACACAGCGUAAUGUGUAGUUGUUCUAUGUGGAGAAUGCAGUGGGCCUCUGCACAUCUUCUUCCAGUCACAGUGAAACUGCUGAGGCAGUCCUGUUAGUCAGACAGGUCAGGUGGACAGUUAGACGUGUAGGUGCAUGGUUGAAGCUGUUUGCUCGACCAGCUGCAGCUCUGACUUUCCUUCUUUUCCUCCAACUGUAAGUGAUCAUGUCAGCAUCCUCUUGAGGUGAGAAGGAAUUUGAUUUUCCUCAGCUCUCUGGAGGCUGAGAGCAGCCACAGUUGAUGCUCAUGUUCAGACCGUUUAUCUUAAAGUAACAAAUAGUUUUGUUGAGAGCCUCACUUUAGCUGGACCACAUCAGCAGGGAUGUCCAUGACUGACUAAGUGAUAAAGUUAUACCACUAGUCAGCUGGCCAGGUGUUGGAGUUUCCUCACUGGCUGUUGCUCUUUGAAAAUGAAUUGGCACAAAAAGUGACUCUGAAUGGGCCACAUUUCAGUCACUAUUUCAUACUAGUUCUGUUGUCUGACAACAGCAAAACACGUGACAGCUUAUAGUCAACUGGGCUGUAUUAAAAUCCUGUAUCUGUGAGCACAGAGAGUCCAGAUACAAUACAAUGAUGUCACAAAUACACAUACAGGUUUUACAUCAUCUAGUGACGCUUGGUGACUUUUUGGAGUAGACUUUAGUGUUUUCCACUGACAGUAGGUAUUUGUAGCAGUACAACAGUUUUCAUCUGUCCUGAAUUCGACAUGUUCGAAAAAACAGUCCGUCCAUAUACUGGGUUUGGACCUUGUCUUGUUUUAAUAGAAUUUCAGUACCACCUUUUUUUCAGUACCAUAGCUUUCUGUUUUUUGAUUCUAUAACCAGUUCAUAUUUCAUUUCUUGCCUCACAUGAUCAAAGUAUCAUUUCUGUCCUUUACUAUUAGAUUCAAUCAUUUCUAACAGUAUUGAAAUAUCAUAACAUCAGUUAUCAUGACAACACUAUUCCAGUGAUCCAUGAUUAUGAUUUGCCAGUUGUACUGUGUUAGUAAGGCGGGGGACAGAGCGGAGGUUGAAUAAGCAGAAUAACAUUAUUAUUAUCAUUAUUAUUAUUAUUUUACUACCUACAAAACCACGAUGCACUUUAUAAGUCUAUUGACAAGGCACACUUUAUUAAUAGUACCAAGUCCUCUAAGGCCUGUUAGUCUGCCACACCGUGCUGAGCUGAGAGAAGGUGGUGUUCUGACAUGAAGAGAAUAUCUAGAUAUGCUGUUUGUUUUGUUCAUGGUGUUUCUUUCUGACUGCACUGUCUGCUUUGAAUUUGCACACCUCUUUAGCAUUCAGCUGUUGGGUGCUAUUAUUUAUUUGUCAGUUACUUUGUAGUAUAAGACAUUCCUGUUGCAUUCCACUUUAAAGUUAAAAGUAAAAAUUCACUGUUUUAUGUGUUCUCUGAUGGUCAGAGUCAGAUGAGAAUACUUAAUUUAAUGUUUGGACCAGAAUUUAAAGCAACGCAAGGUUGAAGCAGAAUCUGUUCGUUUCAGUGGAAUUGAUGCAAUCAGUACGAUCAAUACAUAUUUUUACCAUCUAAACAAAGCUGAUGGUAAAUGUGCGGAAAGUGUACAUUAGCUGUGUUACACCAUGUACUUUGAUAUAACAAUGCUCUGUGUAUAUUAGAGAGAACCAGUCUAUUUUUCAUGCUGUAAAUACUUGACAUUGCGUUUCUAGUGUCUUCAUAGAAACUUUGAUAGGUUGGGAAGAUACACUACAGCUAAUAACAUAGUUGAGUUAGGAGUUGAAUCUGAAGAAAAAACACACUUAUGAGUUUUUUGUUCUUUAAGUUUUUUAAUCCUAACAUUCAUCCUUAACAAUCCCAAUGAACAUUUGACUCUUUUUUUAACAUUUUCUUGAUUUGUGAGUCUGUUUGAUGUGGGAGCAUGAAUAAAGUUUUAAAACAUGA